GGGCUUCGGGAAGCAGGGAUUCCAGUGUCAAGUUUGCUGCUUUGUUGUGCACAAACGCUGCCAUGAAUUUGUCACAUUCUCCUGCCCUGGAGCUGACAAGGGGCCAGCCUCUGACGACCCCCGGAGCAAACACAAGUUUAAGAUCCACACCUACUCCAGCCCCACCUUCUGCGACCACUGCGGGUCGCUGCUGUACGGGCUCAUCCACCAGGGGAUGAAAUGUGACACCUGCAUGAUGAACGUGCACAAGCGCUGCGUGAUGAACGUCCCCAGCCUCUGCGGCACCGACCACACGGAGCGCCGCGGCCGCAUCUACAUCCAGGCCCACAUCGACAGGGAGGUCCUCAUCGUGGUCGUAAGAGAUGCAAAGAACCUUGUACCCAUGGACCCCAAUGGCUUGUCAGAUCCCUACGUAAAACUGAAACUGAUCCCCGAUCCCAAAAGUGAGAGCAAGCAGAAGACCAAAACCAUCAAGUGCUCCCUCAAUCCUGAGUGGAACGAGACGUUUAGAUUUCAGCUGAAAGAGUCAGACAAAGACAGAAGACUGUCCGUGGAGAUUUGGGACUGGGAUCUGACUAGCAGGAAUGACUUCAUGGGGUCUCUGUCCUUCGGGAUUUCUGAGCUGCAGAAAGCUGGUGUUGACGGAUGGUUUAAGUUACUAAGCCAGGAGGAAGGCGAGUACUUCAACGUGCCUGUCCCGCCGGAAGGAAGCGAGGGCAAUGAAGAGCUGCGGCAGAAAUUCGAGAGGGCCAAGAUCGGCCAGGGAACCAAGGCUCCAGAAGAAAAGACGGCUAAUACUGUCUCCAAGUUUGACAACAAUGGCAACCGGGACCGGAUGAAACUGACUGAUUUCAACUUCCUGAUGGUGCUGGGGAAAGGCAGCUUCGGCAAGGUGAUGCUGUCGGAGCGAAAGGGCACAGACGAGCUCUAUGCCGUGAAGAUCCUGAAGAAGGACGUGGUGAUCCAGGACGACGACGUGGAGUGCACCAUGGUGGAGAAGCGGGUGCUGGCCCUGCCGGGGAAGCCGCCGUUCCUGACCCAGCUGCACUCCUGCUUCCAGACCAUGGACCGCCUGUACUUCGUGAUGGAGUACGUGAACGGAGGCGACCUCAUGUACCACAUCCAGCAGGUUGGCCGCUUCAAGGAGCCUCACGCUGUAUUUUACGCUGCAGAAAUUGCCAUCGGUCUGUUCUUCUUACAGAGCAAGGGCAUCAUUUACCGGGACCUAAAACUUGACAAUGUGAUGCUGGAUUCUGAGGGCCACAUCAAGAUUGCUGACUUCGGCAUGUGUAAGGAGAACAUCUGGGAUGGGGUGACCACCAAGACGUUCUGUGGCACUCCAGACUACAUUGCCCCUGAGAUAAUCGCUUACCAGCCCUAUGGGAAGUCCGUAGACUGGUGGGCAUUCGGAGUCCUGCUGUACGAGAUGUUGGCCGGGCAGGCCCCAUUCGAGGGAGAAGAUGAGGAUGAGCUCUUCCAGUCCAUCAUGGAACACAACGUGGCGUAUCCGAAGUCUAUGUCCAAGGAAGCCGUGGCCAUCUGCAAAGGGCUGAUGACCAAACACCCAGGCAAACGUCUGGGCUGUGGGCCUGAAGGCGAACGUGACAUCAAAGAGCACGCGUUCUUCCGGUAUAUUGAUUGGGAGAAACUUGAACGCAAAGAGAUCCAACCUCCAUAUAAACCAAAAGCUAGAGACAAGCGAGACACCUCCAACUUCGACAAAGAGUUCACCAGGCAGCCUGUGGAGCUGACUCCCACUGACAAACUCUUCAUCAUGAACUUGGACCAAAAUGAAUUUGCUGGCUUCUCUUAUACUAACCCAGAGUUUGUCAUUAAUGUGUAGGUGAAUGCAAAUUCCACUGUUGAUCCUGGGGUGUGAGACCUCAGGCCAAGUGUACGUAUCAAUUCUAGUCUUCCAGGGUUCAUGGUGCAUAUGCUGGCAUUCCACUUGUGGAGAGCUUGUCUUAGAGGGCCUUUCUUUGUAUGUGUAGCUUGCUAGUUCGUUUUCUACAUUUGAAAAUAUUUAGUUUAGAAUAAGCGCAUUAUCCUACAAUAGAAGUAAAAUUUCCCAGACUUCCAGAAACUCAUCAAAUAACAGACAAUGUCAAAACUACUGUGUCUGAUACCAAAAUGCUUCAGUAUUUGUAAUUUUUAAAGUCAGAAGCUGAUGUUCCUGGUAAAAGUUUUUACAGUUAUUCUCUAAUAUCUUCUUUGAAUGCUAAGCAUGACUGGUAUUUUUAAAGUUGUGAGUAAGCUUUGCAAUUACUGUGAACUAUUGUCUCUUGGAGGAAAAAUUUUUGUUUAAGAAUUGAUAUGAUUAAACAUUAAUAUAUGCAAA